UGGACUCUGUAUUAGGUUUAUGGCGCUAACGUUGUCACGGUGUUUUUUCUGUUUAUUAAAGUUUACCGUUUUAGAGAGAGAGAGUUUAAAAGAAAAAUAAAUAUACAAAAAGACAUCAGUAUGAAGCGUGGCAGUUUAUUGAACCUAUGCAGCUACAAAUGGGAUUCAACACUUCUGUACACUUAUUUACGCCAGAUCCGAAUUGGAACGCCCUACGUACUCAAACUAAGGCUAACAGUAACCGAGAGGUCACACAGCUACGCCCCCGCUCUGUACCGCCUCACCACACAGCUCUGCCCCUUAGUGUGUGUGUGUGGGUGAGAGUGUUGCAGUGUGUUAGUCGGACCGUGGUCAGCAAAACCAGACCGGGACGGCUUCAGCAUGCGAAAAGAGAGCCCGUUGCUGAGGUGGCUCCGCUGGAUUGUUGCUGUAGCUGCUGUUUUGCUGGUGGGCUUUGUCAUAGGCUGGUUCGCAAGGCCCACGUCUUCACACGUGCAAGGAGAUGGGACCUCAAGCCAAUACCUGAGGAAGUUCCUUGACGAGAUGAAAGCAAGCAACAUCAGAGAGCACCUUAGAAAGUUCACCAGACUCCCCCACCUAGCAGGCACCAAGCAGAAUUUGGUGUACGCAGAACAAAUCCGGGAGGAGUGGCUUAGCUUUGGACUGGACUCAGUUGAACUGGUGCCCUAUGACGUCCUGCUGUCGUAUCCCAACAAGUCGCAGCCCAACUACAUCUCCAUUGUGGACCAGCUGGGCAAUGAGGUCUUCAACACCUCCCUGGCCGAGCCCGUCCCCGAUGGGUAUGAAGGUGUUGCUGACAUUAUACCUCCGUACAGUGCAUUCUCUCCCAAAGGACAACCUGAGGGGGAGUUGGUGUAUGUGAACUAUGGCCGCACCGAAGACUUUGUCCAGCUCAAGAGAGAGAUGGGAAUAAAUGUAACUGGGAAGAUAGUGAUCGUGCGCUAUGGGAAGAUCUUCAGAGGAAACAAGGUGAAGAACGCCAUGCUAGCAGGAGCCAAGGGCAUCAUCAUGUUCUCGGACCCAGCCGACUACUCCGCCGUCGGGGUGCAGCCCUACCCUGAUGGCUGGAACUUACCCGGGGGAGGUGCCCAGAGAGGAAAUGUACUAAACCUGAAUGGAGCUGGAGACCCCCUCACACCAGGCUACCCUGCUAAAGAAUACACCUACAGAUCCAACCUAGAAGACGGGGUGGGUCUCCCCAAGAUUCCUGUGCACCCCAUUGGUUACCAUGAUGCCAUGCACCUGCUGAAGAACAUGGGAGGAAGGCUGCCACCAAACAACUGGAAAGGAGCCCUGAACGUUUCCUACAGUAUCGGACCGGGCUUCACAGACACCUUCAGAACACAGAAAGUGCGCAUGAACAUCCACACCAAUAACCAGGUGACCAGGAUCUACAACGUGAUUGGUCGGAUCAGAGGAGCUCAGGAACCAGACCGCUACGUCAUCCUGGGGGGGCACCGGGACGCCUGGGUGUUUGGCGCGAUCGACCCGAUGUCCGGUGCAGCCGUGGUCCAUGAAACCGUCCGGAGUGCCGGGAAACUGCUCAGCAAUGGUUGGAGGCCUAGGAGAACUAUCAUAUUUGCCAGUUGGGAUGCAGAGGAGUUUGGACUGCUGGGAUCAACCGAAUGGGCCGAGGACAAUGCCAAGUUGUUACAAGAGAGAGCAGUGGCCUACAUCAAUGCUGACUCUGCCAUAGAAGGUAUGUAUACACUUAGGGUAGACUGUACUCCAUCGCUACACACCCUGGUAUAUGACCUAACAAAACAGAUAGCCAGCCCAGAGAAGGGAGAGGAGGGAGUGUCUCUCUAUGACAGCUGGCACAAGAGAGACAACUGGACUAGUGACCGCGAUGCCCCCAGGAUCAGUAAGCUAGGUUCAGGCAGUGACUUCGAGGCCUACUUCAUCCGGCUGGGCAUCGCUGCUGGUCGAGCCAGAUACACCAAGGAUCGGAAGACGGAGCGAUACAGCAGUUACCCAGUCUAUCACAGUGUGUACGAGACCUUUGAGCUUGUGGAGCGGUUCUACGACCCCACCUUCAGAAGGCUUCAGGCGGUGGCACAGGUUCGGGGCGGGCUCAUAUUCCGGCUGGCGGAUUCCCAGCUUCUCCCCCUGGACGCUAACGAAUACGCAGGGUCUCUGAGGAGGUAUGUGCUGAGCAUCGCCGAGCGCGCAAAGAAGCAUCCUGAGGAGAUGAAGAUGUACAGAGUCACAUUUGAUGCAUUGUUUUCUGCGGAGGAGAAUUUUACUAUUGCGGCAAGAGAUUUCCAUGUACGACUGCAGAACCUCAACAGAGCAGACUCACUGGAGGUACGCAUGGUGAAUGACCAGCUCAUGUACCUGGAAAGAGCUUUCAUAGACCCCCUGGGCCUCCCUGGCAGACCCUUCUACAGGCACCUGAUCUUUGCUCCCAGCAGCCAUAACAAAUAUGCAGGCGAGUCUUUCCCAGGCAUCUAUGAUGCCUUGUUCGACAUUGAGAGUUCAGCCAAUCAGCAGCAGGCGUGGCAGGAAGUCAAGCGUCAAAUCAGCAUUGCGGCCUUCACCGUCCACGCAGCAGCCAUGACACUCACACAACCUGCCUGAGAGAGAGAGAGAGAGAGAGAGAGAGAGAGAGAGAGAGAGAGAGAGAGAGAGAGAGAGAGAGAGAUUCUUAACACAUGUCAUUCAGCAACAACCAGAGACAUCCUGGACAAUACGCCUCCUGGAAUAGUGCUACAUCCAUCAGCACCAUCAAGGACAGACCUUGUUAUGCCACAUCUUUAGAUUGAUAUUUUGCACAAUCGUAGAACAAAACAAGGAAGGUCUGUGAAACAUGUUAAUGGUUUUGUUUAAAACCUCUAGUACAUUUGAACAAAUAGAAUUCCAUUCAGAAUUGUAUGCAAGAACAAUGUUGGUGGAUUCAUGUGAUUUAAUUAAUUAACCUACAGCAGAAGUAUCAUUCCCAUUAACUGUGCUUUGGAGAUCUUUAAAUAAUGAAUGAUUGUCAACCCCACUAGAUGGCUUGUACAUCAUAAAGCUGAUAAAGUGUUAAUAAUCCUGGGUCCAAUGUAGGGAAGUCAUCCAAGGUAGGGUGUCAUUAAAUGUAGUACAAUUUUACUUUAUCCAGUUUUUUGCUUGCUUCCAUGGCUGCUGGGCAGAUUUGCUUUAUGUCUGGCAACCCAGGGUACUCCGAGAAAAAUAUAUGAAUCACUAACACCGGCCCGGAAGAAAUUUCAAAGGAGAACAUACUGGCUGUAGUAUUGUUGUGGGAAAGCCAGGAUUUCGAUUUAACCGGUUUCCCUAAUCUCUGACAUAUGACAUAUAAGACAAAAUCAGACAACAUUUGAGCUAUAACCCUCAGGUGGCAGGUUUCAAUACCCAGCCCUCUCCAAAAAAUAGGACAAAGCAGUCAUUCAUUCCACAAUCCAUCAGCUUUUUAAACCAACAACUAGAAAGAAGGUUUUAAUUCUCCUUCUCAGCGGGUCUGACAAGGGAACGCAAUAUUUUCUUACAUGACUUUUUUUUUUUACCCAUUGUAUUUAUUUAUUCUGAUGGCAUGUGGAAUACUGGCCACUAUGCACUUGCGAUCUGUAGCCAGGGGAUUCUGUUUUGAUGUCAUGUCUGUCUAAAGUCUAAUGUCCUUAUAUGUUUCCUUGUAUUACGUGGGAAAAAAGAUUUUGGGGUCUUGUUUAACGGUCAUGUGUCUCUGUCUCAUUCACUGAGAAAAAAAAAUCCCCAAGGGGACAAUAAAUGAUCUAUAUAUCUA